AUGAUUCAACGAAGUAUGAUCAUUUUGGAAAUGUCACCACCAAGAUGCAGUGAGCCACUCGAAUGCUGUUUGCAUGGAAAAGCAUGUCGCGCAAGUCAUCAGUUUGCAGAAGACGUAAAACGGAAAGAGUCGUCAACUGACUCUUACGGCUAUGAAAAUUUGGUUGAACCGAACGAGCAGAAAAAGACUCGACAAGAAGAAGCUAUCGACAGGCUCGCGAAACAUUUGAUACAUGCCGAAAAGCACGCUAGGCGUCGCCAAAAACGACGAGAGGAACGCGCUCGGCGAAGGUCAGCAAGAAGAAGAGCGGAGUACUCCGAUGGAGGACAACGUCAAAUUUCUGGUAAAGAUUCUUUGAUUAGCGGAAGCACAAAGUCAUAUAUGCAGGUGGAUGAAAGCGCAGGUUUAUCCACUCAAUUUGUAGAGGGGCGCAACCUCGAAUUUCUCCGAUCACAAGAGCAACGAAACUUACAAAAAGGAGAUACCGUCAGCCAUGGCUCUCAUGAAGGAGCAGCCGCAAGUAUCUACCUUGGAAUCUGCAAUUUCUCAGCAGCUGAAGAAUCUGUAAAAAAGAGGGCCGAUUUUAGGCUGUACCACGAAAUGCAGCAAAAUCCACUACUAGACGAACUGGAGCCUGAGUUAAAUCUGCGCCUUGUAUAUAAAACCGCAGUUGGAUCUUACAGACACUACCCAGUCGAGACUAGAAUAGCUAACGACGACACUACAUACUAUCUCGUAAACACUGGUGAAAAGAAGCUUGUGCACCAUACCAGUCUUGAUCAACUCGUCCGAUACUACCAAAUCAAUGCAAAACGUCAUCCAGAUAAUCAGGAAUACGCAGACCCAUUUCCAUGGUGGGAAGUUUCCGCCUAACAAGUAUUAAUGUACAAAAUGUUUUCUUUGUCCACACAAUCAUUGUGAUUAACGUAAAAU